AUGGGUGAACUGACAACCGGUAGGGGCCUGAAUCAACAACUUGGUCUUUCAAGAGCUUGUGAUACUCGUUGGGGAUCUCAUUAUAAAUCCUUUAACAAUUUUAUUCUUAUGUUUGGCUCUAUUCUUGAAGUUCUUGAAUCACUUGCUCUUGAUGCACGAAGUAUGGAUGAAAGAGCCAAAGCAACGGGACAUCUUGAAUCUUGUCGAACAUUUGAGAUUGCGUCGUUCAUGUUGCAUUUGAUGAGAGAUAUAUUAGCAAUCACAAAUGAGCCCAAUAAAUGCUUACAAGGAAAGGAGCAAAAUGUUGCAAAUGCCAUGCUACUUGUUGAAGUAGCAAACAAAACAAUAAUGAGGAUGACUGAAUUAUAUCCAGAUGAUUUUGAUGAAUUUAAUAUGGAUACUCUUGAGAAUCAACUUGCAAGUUACAUUGUUGAUGUUCGUGAUGUUGAUGAAAGGUUCUCUGAUCUAAAUGGACUUUGUGAUCUUUCCAAAAGAUUAGUCCAAACAAAAAAACAUUCAAAUUAUCCUCUGGUUUUCCGCUUAGUGAAACUUGCUCUACUUCUACCAAUGGCCACUGCAUCCGUUGAAAGAGCUUUCUCGGCAAUGAAGUUUAUCAAAAAUGACUUGCGAAGUCAAAUGAGUGAUGGUUUUUUUAGUGGUUGUUUGGUGCCUUUUGUAGAAAAAGAUGUAUUUGAUAGUAUUCCUAAUGAUGUUAUUAUUAAGACAUUUCAAGAUAUGAAACCUCGUAGAGUACAAUUGUAA